AUGGCCGAUGAGCACGACGACGGCACAUAUUUGGGCAUCGAUUUGAGCACUCAACAGAUGAAAUGUGUGAUUCUCGACGCGAACGCGACCGUAAUCCAUCGCGAGUGUGUCAAAUUCGACGAUUUCGGCACCGAAAACGGUGUGCUCAUCGGCGGCGACGACGGUCGAACGGCGACGUCGCCGGUUCGAAUGUGGCUGCGCUCGCUGGAUCGCCUCAUGUCGCGUCUCGUCGAUUCGCGUCGCGAUCUGCUCGUCCGCCUACGCGCCGUCUCCGGCGGCGCUCAACAACACGGCACCGUCUAUUGGCGACGCGGCAACUCGCUGAGAACGCUGAACGCCGACGCAUCGUUGGAGGACCAACUCAAGAACGCAUUCACAAUCGAGAACAGCCCGAUUUGGAUGGACUCGAGCACACAGGCCGAAUGCGAGGCGCUCGAGCGUCUCGUCGGCGGCGAUCAGCGACUGUGCGAGUUGAGCGGCUCGCGAGCGCAUCAUCGCUUCAGCGCCGCCCAAAUCAUGAAGAUCGUCGAUCGCCAUCCGCAAGCGUGGAACGACACCGACCGCGUCUCGCUGAUCUCAUCGUUCGUCGCCUCGCUGCUCAUCGGCGACUACGCGCCGAUCGACUACACCGACGGCAGCGGAACCAAUCUGAUGGACGUUCGCGCCAACGUUUGGCUCAAGGAGCUCGUCGAUUCGAUCAGUCCCGAUCUCGAGCGAAAGUUGGGACCACUAGCGGAUCCGACAAUUCCGUUGGGCACCGUGGGCGACUAUUUUCAGCAGCGCUACGGCAUCCCGCGCGAAUGCCUCGUGCUGCCGUUCGUCGGCGACAAUCCGGCUUCACUGGCCGGCUUAUGCCUUCAGCCAACCGACAUCGGCGUCUCGUUGGGAACCAGCGAUACCGUAUUCUUUGCCACUCGAUCGUUUCGACCGUGCGUCGACGCGCACGUCUUCGCCCAUUUCGACACGAACGCGCACGCGUUUAUGCCGCUUGUGACCUCGCCAAAAAAUGCCUCCCCAAUUCGGAAUCGUCGACGUUUCAGCUUCAAAAACGGCUCGUUGACGCGUGAGCGCGCGCGACACCUCGCCAACUCAUCGUCGUGGCGCGAGUUCGACGCGAUUCUCGACGCGACGCCGCCGGGCAACUCGGGACGCGUCGGACUGUUCUUCGACGGCGACGAGAUCGCGCCGCGCGUCUCACGCGGCGAUUAUUUCAUCGACGAGGCGCGUCCGACGACCGUCGCCGAGUUGUGUCGCACCGUGCUCGAAUCGCAGUGCUACCUGAAACGCUUCUACACGUCGCUGAUGAUGUCCGACGAUGUGGAGCGCGUCGUCGUCACCGGCGGUGCGUCGGUCAACGUCGCGCUCCUUCAGAUGCUCGCCGACGUCUUCAAUUGCAACGUCUACACCAUCGAUGUCGAGGAUUCGGCGGCGUUGGGCGCCGCGAUGCGCGCCAGAUACGCGACGUCCAACUCGUCGGUCGCGUUCAACACGUUCUACAGCUCGCGGAGCCGAUCCCACAUGAAGCACUCGGCGUCGCCGAACGCCGUCAACCACGCGAAGCACGCGGCGACGUUCGAAACGUUCAAGACGCUUCUACAACAAAUUUCAUUCAAUUAA